GCUGGUGCGGUGGCGGUUCGGAGUGAGGGUAGCACGUUGAGCUGAAGGCUGUGCGGAGCGGCGCGGCACAGAGCCUGGUGUUGAGCUCAGUAUGUCGUGGGAAUCCGGGGCCGGGCCAGGUCUGGGUUCCCAGGGGAUGGAUCUCGUGUGGAGUGCGUGGUACGGAAAGUGCGUUAAAGGGAAAGGGUCAUUGCCACUCUCGGCCCACGGCAUCGUGGUCGCCUGGCUCAGCAGGGCCGAGUGGGACCAGGUGACGGUUUAUCUGUUCUGUGACGACCAUAAGUUGCAGCGGUACGCGCUUAACCGCAUCACGGUGUGGAGGAGCAGGUCAGGCAACGAACUCCCUCUGGCAGUGGCUUCUACUGCUGACCUGAUACGCUGUAAGCUCUUGGAUGUAACUGGUGGCUUGGGCACUGAUGAACUUAGACUGCUCUAUGGCAUGGCAUUGGUCAGGUUUGUGAAUCUUAUCUCAGAGAGGAAGACAAAGUUUGCCAAGGUCCCCCUCAAGUGUCUGGCUCAAGAGGUAAACAUUCCAGAUUGGAUUGUUGACCUUCGCCAUGAGUUGACCCACAAGAAAAUGCCCCAUAUAAAUGACUGCCGCAGAGGCUGCUACUUUGUCCUCGAUUGGCUCCAGAAGACCUAUUGGUGCCGCCAACUGGAGAACAGCCUGAGAGAGACCUGGGAGUUGGAGGAGUUCAGGGAAGGGAUAGAGGAAGAGGAUCAAGAGGAAGAUAAGAACAUUGUUGUUGAUGACAUCACAGAAGAGAAACCAGAGCCUCAGGAUGAUGGGAAAAGUACGGAGUCAGAUGUAAAGGCCGAUGGAGACAGCAAAGGCAGUGAAGAGGUGGAUUCUCAUUGCAAAAAGGCCCUGAGUCAUAAAGAGCUAUAUGAAAGAGCCCGAGAACUGCUGGUAUCAUACGAAGAGGAGCAGUUUACGGUGCUGGAGAAAUUUAGGUAUUUACCUAAGGCCAUUAAGGCGUGGAAUAACCCGUCCCCACGUGUAGAAUGUGUCCUGGCAGAGCUCAAGGGCGUUACAUGCGAGAACAGGGAGGCUGUGCUGGAUGCUUUUCUGGAUGAUGGCUUCCUUGUCCCCACAUUUGAACAGUUGGCAGCUUUGCAGAUAGAAUAUGAAGAUGGUCAGACUGAGGUCCAGAGAGGGGAAGGUACUGACCCAAAGUCACACAAAAACGUGGACUUGAAUGACGUCCUGGUGCCAAAGCCGUUCUCUCAGUUCUGGCAGCCCCUGCUCAGGGGCCUGCAUUCCCAGAACUUCACGCAGGCCCUAUUGGAGAGGAUGCUCUCUGAACUGCCAGCCUUGGGGAUCAGCGGGAUCCGGCCUACCUACAUCCUCAGAUGGACCGUUGAACUGAUCGUGGCCAACACCAAGACUGGACGGAAUGCUCGCCGAUUUUCUGCAGGCCAGUGGGAAGCAAGAAGGGGCUGGAGGCUGUUCAACUGCUCCGCCUCCCUUGACUGGCCCCGGAUGGUUGAGUCCUGCUUGGGCUCACCUUGCUGGGCCAGCCCCCAACUCCUUCGGAUCUCCUCAACUCCAGUGACUUUCAUUCUCCACUACACUCAGCAACCCAUUUCCAUCAUUCGGAGCUGUUCCACCUCUGAAAGCUCACAUCCCAGCAUCCCACUCGCCCGGGUAGCUGAGCUCUGCUGGAGAAAACCACAUAGCCCUGCGGAUUGCUGCCACUGCAGAGGUAUGAUUUUUAAUCUCGGGCGAGGCCUCAGUUCUGCUUGUCUGAACUUUUACUUGUUUUCUGACCACUUUCUCUCCCAUUUCCUCACUAUUCUAAACCCUUACCGCUCACCUCAAGCCCCUCCCCCCUCCCAUUUCACCCUAGCUUCCUCGAGCACAUGGAGGCAUCCGGCAGGGCCCCCUCGACCUGAGGUCCAGCCCUCGUGAACUGAUCUGCGGCUGCACUCAACCUUCUCGCCAGUCUCAGGAAGAGGUGGCCUUGCCCCACCUCAAAGCCUGCUCCUACACCUGUGCUCUGGAGCCACCUCUGCCAGCAUCGCUGGGGCCUCACCCCAGCCUCUACCUUGCUCUGCUGGCUCUUGCUCUUCAACCUAGGAACGUGCCUGAGCUUUUCUCAUCUUAAACAAAACAACAAUAACAGCAACACAAGCAAAAUCUCCUUUGACCCUGCAUCCCUCUGUUGGGUUAUCAUCAGCUUAUCAUUCCCACCCUUCCCAUCAAAACAUCUCAAGAGUAGUCUACACUCAACACUCUCCAUUUCCUCACUACCCUCUUACUCCUCAACCUGCUGCAAUUUGACAUUCACCCCCAGAGUUGCUUUGACCUCCUAAUUACCAAAUCAGUGGGCCCUUGUCAGUCUCUGUGUCUGCUGCAUUGAUGCUGUUUACCACCCCCUCCUCGAAAAAUGCCUGUGCUUAUUACUAGUUCCUAUAAAGUGCUGAGACCCAAAUCUGUCUAGCCCUGGCCCCUCCCCCAAGAUUCAGCCUCGUGUACUCGACUGCAUGUCAGACAUCUCCCCUUGGAUGGCCCACAGGCACCUUAUUGUGACCAAAAGAGAAUUGGUCGUCUCAGUCCCCAUCUCAACUCUAAAGUGAUCUUCCUCCUCUGUUCCCUAUCUCACUUGGUGGCGGCACCAUCUACCCUGUCCUGUUGACUCUCGAAUACUUCCCAAAUCUGAGGUUUUGUGUUGCCGUGUCUACUUCCCUUAGUGUCUCCUUCCCUCUAUCAGACUAAGCUUUUCAAGGGCAAGGACUCUACAUCAGCUGUCUGUGCCCCAGCACACCAAACAGGCCUCAGUAAAUGUCAUUGAAUUGAACCGUGCUCUGCUCUCUCAUUCCCAGCAGUGCUGUCCUUGGUGGGAGCUGACCCAGUGCCUGGGGAAUGAAUGAAGUGGGAGUCUGGAUGCCAAGACCCUCUUAGUCCCUGAUCCCCCUAUUGAGUCCAAAAGUCUUUCUUUAACCCUGAUGGCAUUUGGGACACAGAGGUAUUUGUAAGGUUUUAAAAGUGGCUUUGUAGACAAAGUCAGUCAAGGCAAGACUUCCAGGAGUUGGAACUGAACAGCCACAUUGCCAGAUGUGUGCUCCAGACUAGAAGUGAUGUGGAUGGGUGGGAAAUUGGGAGGAGAACCAAAAGGGCCUGGAUGAGUCAGAGUUUCGAGAAGAGGCAUUUGAAUAAUUCAAGCAGGAGAAAGAAUAAAGCAAGUUUCAAAGUCCAGAAGGAACAUGGCAUGUGUAUGUAAUGGGAGGGAGGGAGUGACAAGAGCAGCAUGGAGAGGUUUGGAUAGGUGGCCUUCAAGGUACUUUCCAAUCCUAAGUGCCUGCAGAGUGGAAGCUGCUGGUCUCGGAGAAGUCUGGACCACAGAGAUCUUCUCCCAACCCAAGCAUACCAGAGGGAUGCGACACAUGCCAGCAGUAACAGCGGCUCACUUGGGUACGAUUCCUUGUGCACAGAUCCUGCCUUUCCCAGAUAAGCAGUGAAUCUAGUCCUAAUCACCCCGUUACACAGAGUGGGGAACAGAGGGGGUUUGCCCAGGUAUUAUGCUGCAAGUCAGAGCUGGGGCCAGAAUCCAGAUAGCCUGUCCUUAGUCCCAUGCUCUUCUGUAAUACUCCACUAGAUUGUAUUAUUGCAGAAAGCAUCUGUUAAACGCAGUUUUGUUUUCCCCAGAGAAAAAAAUAAAAGAUACUAUUGGAAAUUAAGUGUCA